GUCAGACGAGUGUUCGGUCUCACCAUGAAAAGUGUCCUGGCGUUUGUGUUGCUGCUGUGUGUGUGUGGAAGACACCUUUGUGUUCACAUCAAGGAUGGAGACAAGAUCUUCCCCCUGCAGGCGGUGAAGCAGCUCAAGGCGCUGAUGGAUGUCGGCCCUCAGCUCGCCCAGAGCGUCGCCGAGGCCGUGUGCGCCGACCCCGUCCUGCCGCAGGCCUUCUCCCCUGUGUGCCAAGACGGAGGGGCCGCCGCUGUUUUCUCCAGGCUUGUGAAUGUCCUGUUGUCUUCGGACCCGUGUGAGAUAUGUGCCAACCCCUCCUGCUUCGGCUGCCUGGAAUGAGGCUGUUUUUCAUCCCCAGCAGCGGAAUGACUCUUUAAUGGUUGUUUUUCAGGCAGAUGACGGCCAAAUAAAGAGAAUGUACCGUUUUGUCAUUUGUUGACUAUUGUCUUGCUGAUAAAAAUGUGUUCU